AUGUAUCAUUGUAUCAUUCCGCCGCGAAUAUUUCUUGCUUUGGGUGUUGGUUUGCUAAUAUUUGGUCUUGUUCUUGGGUGGAUAUCUUUUUCAGUACCCGAUUGGCUGCAAUACUAUGAACGGAACAGUUUAAACAAUAUAACGAAACGAGACAGUAAUAAUGAAACAAUUUUACCUAACGAUGCAUCAUUAGAUUUGAAAAAAUUUGGUCUUUUGUUUAAAUGUAUUUAUUCAAAGAAGUCAAAUGAUUUCGCUUGUGCAUCAUGGAAGAAAGACGCACCAAGUUUUGUUCGUGUUGCACAAGUACUGAUACCUUGCGGUUUAUCAUUCGAGUGCCUUGGACUUCUAUCGGCUUUUAUUGGUUUUCUAUCUAGAAGAGCUUUUGUUACUACUGUACUUUUGGCAGCAUUAUUUGCAUUUUUAAGUUUUAUAUUUACAACAAUCGGCGUAACUGUAUUUGCAACCGAGUCAUUUGUGUAUGUCGAACGUUUUCAUUUGAAUGAUAAUGAAAAUCCUCGUCGUUGGGCCAUGUGGCUAUUCAUUCCAAAUCUUAUAUUAUCUUUUCUGGCUUCGCUGUGCUUUAUUCUUGCAUCAAUCUUUAAUUGGUGUGAUUAUCGAACAAUGAAAGCAACAGGCAUUCUUAGUCAUGCAGCUGAUAAAUAUGCUGGAAGCGUUUGCAAAGCACCCUCGGAAAGUACGAACAUAACAUCAGGUACGAAAAAACAUCAAUAUCUUCAUCAACAACAAAUGAAUGGCCAAGAUUAUCCAAAUACUUGUUAUCAAUUAAAUGGCUCAAAGAAUAAUCAAAAUGCAUUAAGUUAUCCUCCACCAUCUAGUUAUGGUGCACCCAUGAAUCAACAUUCAAGUAAUGGUCCUCCUAACUCAGCAUUUCAAACAGCGCAAGCUCUAUUUGGCUAUUCAAGGCCGGCGAGUCCUAUCUAUCCACAUUCAAAUCUCGAUCCUUAUCAGAAUCAAAAUUUCAUGACUGAAAAUUCUGAAAUGGAUGAAGCAUCUCGUGCGAGUAGUUCACGUCGUCAUUCUCGUUCUUUCUGUCGUUCAAGUCGUCGUUCACGACCACGCAGUUCACGUGAAAAUGAACCAAAUGGAAGUAAUAAUAAUAAGAACCAAGAUAACAACAAUAAUAAGCAGCCACAGUUUAUUCCGAUACCUAUUCCCUACUAUCAUCCUCCCAUGCAACAACAACAACAACAGCAACAACAACAGCAACAGCAACAACAACAGCAGCAGCAGCAACAACAACAACAACAACAACAACCACCACCACCAACAUCACAACCCAUGGCACAAACAUUUAAUGCACUACCAAAUAAUAACACUAAUAUUAACAAUCAACCGGUGUCAUAUAUUAUUCAACCACCUAAACAACAAUUUAUGGAAGAAUUUAUUCAACCAAAAAUCAAACCAUCUAAUAUGUUAACCUAUUGUACUGAACAACCAUCAGUAUUACUUUCAAAUCCAAAGCAACCUGUUUAUACGAUAGCAUAUCGUACAAAUAAUGGAGGUAAUCUAAUAACUUCAAAUAUUUUAACCGGACCAGCAGCAACAACUUAUGUUACAGCAACACGAGAUCAGAUUACAGAACUUAACUCACCGAAUCACAACAAUUCUGAUGAUGAAGAUAAAAUUUAUCGAAAUAUUUCAAGACCACAAAAUUUAAGAAAGAUGAAAGCUAAUGAAGCAUGGACCUGGCGUAAAUUGUGA